UUCCUCCCGGCCGCCCCGCUGACGUUUUUCCGCCGUGCCGCGGCCCCACGGAGCGAGGCCGGGCCGGGCAUGAGGAGCCGCCGCGGGCCGCACAGAUCUCUUACUCCAUUCCAAAUAAUUUAAUUGGCUAAUAAUUUCAACAAGAGUAAAAAGAUGAUGUCAAGACAGGUAUUUCUCUGCAGUUUGGGAUCUCUAUAUUUAUCCAUUCUGUUUGUAUUUCUUCUAAUGGAUGUUUAUGCGAGGCCUGCAAACAAUUCUGCCCUCAAGGAAAAGGCAGCUGAGGCUAAGGAUGAGAACGAGAUUUUGCCUCCAGAUCACCUAAAUGGAGUCAAAAUGGAAAUGGAUGGACACCUUAACAAAGAAUUUCAUCAAGAAGUUUUUCUAGGAAAAGAGAUAGAAGAGUUUGAGGAAGAUUCUGAACCCAGAAAGAACAGGAAGAAGCUCAUGGUCAUCUUUUCAAAAGUGGAUAUAAAUAAUGAUAAAAAGAUAAGUGCCAAAGAGAUGCAGCGCUGGAUCAUGGAGAAGACAGAUGAACACUUCCAGGAAGCUGUGAAAGAGAAUAAAAUGCACUUCAGAGCAGUAGACCCUGAUGGUGAUGGUCAUGUGUCCUGGGAUGAAUAUAAAGUCAAAUUUUUGGCAAGUAAAGGCUUUAAUGAAAAAGAAAUUGUAGAGAAGAUCAGAAACAAUGAAGAGCUAAAAAUUGAUGAAGAAACACAGGAAGUUUUAGAUAACCUGAAGGAUCGGUGGUACCAAGCUGACAACCCGCCUCCUGAUCUGUUGUUGAAUGAAGAAGAAUUCUUGUCCUUUCUUCAUCCUGAGCACAGUAGGGGAAUGCUUAAGUUUAUGGUGAAGGAGAUCAUCCGAGAUCUGGAUCAAGAUGGUGAUAAGAAGCUAACGCUUUCAGAGUUCAUUUCAUUACCUGUUGGCACUGUAGAGAACCAGCAAGCUCAAGAUAUUGAUGAUGAUUGGGUAAGAGACAGAAAGAAGGAAUUUGAGGAGGUUAUUGAUGCCAACCGUGAUGGUAUUGUGACAAUGGAAGAGCUGGAGGAAUAUAUGGAUCCUAUGAAUGAGUACAAUGCCCUCAAUGAAGCCAAGCAAAUGAUCGCAGUAGCAGAUGAAAACCAAAACCACCACUUAGAGCUGGAGGAGAUCCUGAAAUACAGCGAAUACUUCACUGGCAGCAAACUGAUGGACUAUGCACGUAACGUCCAUGAGGAGUUCUGACCACGCUCACUUCUUCAGAGCUCUGAAGCACCUUCUCACCUUCCCAAAAGAACCCACCAAAACAAACGAGAAAGUUACCUUGCUGCUAUCUGUGUUGUAUGCAUACAGUGUGUUGUCUUAGACUAAAAGCUCCGUCCGUAUAAAUAAAAAACCUACAGUUCUGUUGCCUGCAAUACAAAGAGACGCAGAGGCAGGGGGGGAGUCUAAAAAUAAUAGUGCAGAUUCUGGGUUUCAUCAACUCACCCUCUUUUGUGCAGUUAAUCCAGCUGAAUUUCAGCUGCUUUUUGCUAAUCGUAUUUGGUGAAGGCGUCUUAAAUAUUUUUCCCCCCUUUUUUUUUUGGUUUUGUUUUGUUACCUUCAUAGCUGCUCAUCCAUGGAAAUCACGAAUCACAUUAAAAGAUACCGGCUUUCUUAAAGGGUUUAUUCAAAUCCAUAGGUUCUGAUGUCAUGAAAAAUAUCCAUCAGUAGACUGAUUAAAAAGCUUCUAUUUUGCUCAGCAAAAUAUCCCUCUGAAUUUUGUGUACAACUURGAUCCACUUCAAUAUUUCUUAGUUUAAAAAACAGUAAAUUGUUUCAGGAUGCUGCCCUCUGGGCUGUUUUUGCUAUGUGUGGUUUCUAUAGUCAUGUCACUUUUUUUUUUUUUCCACAAUUCUACUACCAGUAUGUGUAGUCAGCACAUAUUUUAGUGUUGUAAGUACUUAGUAUCAA